AUGAGCGCCGGGGCUCAUCCCUGGUGGGGGCGUAUUAGCACUCGGGGUGCUAUCAAGGAUAUAUAUGCCGAUGAAGUUACUUCCACCAUCAGUCACUGUCUUGACUUACCUCAGCACUGCGGUGUGUUUUGUACAUACGAAUCGGUUGGCACAUCAUCAAACACAUGGGAAGAGCUAACAAGCGACGCAAGAAACGUCGCGGCAAUAUCCGUCGGUUUUCUUCUGGAGAAAACAGAAAGAUUAGCAGAGAUUGCGUCGUGGACAGAGAAAAGAAAGUUCGCAAUUUGUGACGUGUCCCAACGUCAAGCUGAUGACGAGGGAUAUAAUUAUCCUAGACCGGCAAAUCAACUUAUACCAGGUACUUCAGGAGGAACUGGUAAACCAGGAGGAUUUCUAACUGCUCCCGGAGGAUAUCCUUCUGGUGGUCCAGGUACACCUAGAGUUUCUGGAGAACAAGGAACUCCUGGUGGACAAUCUGGAAGACCAGGUGGUUAUCCAUCGGGACCGGGAUUUCCAGGACGCUCAGGCGGUGCUCAACCAGGGAGACAACAGCCUAGCUUUCCAUCAGGUCCAGGACCUUCGGAGGGAUAUCCUAGUAGACGACCAUCGAUUCCAUUUCCGAGCGGUGAACCAACAGGAAGGCCAGGAACGGGUCCCGGUAUAUCGAGUGGACCAAGUGGACCAGAAGGGUUUCCAACAGGGCCAAGUGGUGGAUAUCCUAGUGGCAGACCUGGUGGGCAAGAACCAGGUGGAUUUCCAAGUGCGCAAAGACCUUCCGGAUACCCGAGUGGUGGGCUCGAUCAGGGAAAACCAGGUCUUGGAUAUCCUACUGGUCGACCGGGUGGACAAGGACCAAGUGAAGGAUACUCUAGCGGUCAAGCUCCUGGAAGUUAUCCCGGUGAAGUACAAAAGCCUAGUGGCCCGGAAAGUGGAUAUCCUAGUGGAGGGCCAGGAACUGGCUAUCCUGGAGGUACUCAAAGAUCACCUAGCGGUCCAGGCCUUCAGGGAGGAUAUCCAGGAGGAACAAAUGGUCUCCAAAGUACUGGUCCACAAGGUGGACCCUCUACUAGCGGCUAUCCUAGUGGUAGACCAGAAGCGCAAAGACCAGGAGGUUAUCCAGGCGGCCCAGGUCCGCAAGGACCAGGAGGAUUCCCAGGUGGGCUAGGCCCGCAAGGAUCAGGAGGGUUCCCAAGUGGAUCAGGCCCGCAAGGACCAGGAGGAUUCCCAGGUGAACCAGGCCAGCAAGGACCAGGCCCACAAAGACCAGGAGGAUUUCUAGGUAGAUCAGGCCCGCAAGGACUAGGAGGAUUCCCAGGUGGGCCAGGUCCGCAAGCACCAGGUCCGCAAGCACCAGGAUUCCCAGGUGGACCAGGCCCGCAAGCACCAGGAUUUCCGGGAGCUGGUCAUCCAGUAGGUUCUGGCGGACCUGGCGAAUAUACACAUGAAGAUGAGGGAACAUAUGAUGAAGGUGAUUAUUCAGCUAUUCCUGGCGAACCUGGUCGCGAUUAUCCUAUAUACAGUGAAAUUCCGGAGACCAGUUUCCGUUGCGAUGCCCAACAAUUCCCUGGUUAUUAUGCCGAUGUGGAAGCUCAGUGCCAAGUUUUUCAUAUAUGUGCCAACAAUAAGACCUACGAUUUCCUUUGUCCAAACGGAACAAUUUUCCAUCAACAAUUUUUCGUUUGUGUAUGGUGGAAUCAAUUCGACUGUAACUCCGCGCCAAGCCUUUACUAUUUAAAUGAAAAUAUUUAUGACUACACCAUAAUGGGGGCACAAGAUCAAGGACCUGCAGGACCUUCUAGACCUAGUACUUAUCCAGGAGGUCCAGGUGUUCCUAGUGGUCCAGGAGGUCCAGGUGUUCCUAGUAGUCCAGGAGGUCCAGGUGUUCCUAGUAGUCCAGGUGGUCCAAGUUAUCCAGGAGGUCCAAGCGCUCCUAGUGGUCCGAGUUAUCCAGAAGGUCCAGGCGCUCCUGGUGGUCCGAGUUAUCCAGGAGGUCCUAGUGGUCCGAGUUAUCCAAGAGGUCCAGGCGCUCUUAGUGGUCCCAGUUAUCCAGGAGGUCCAAGCGCUCCUGGUGGUCCAAGUUUUCCAGUAGGUCCAGGCGUUCCUAGUGGCCCAAGUUAUCCAGAAAGUCCAAGCGGUCCUAGUUAUUCAGGAGGCCCACAACGUCCUGGCGGUCCAGGUUAUCCAGCAGAGGGACCUCAAGGUCCAUCAGGACCUCAAGGUCCGUCAAGGCCUGGCGGUCCAGGUUAUCCAGGAGAAUUGGGAGCUCCAUCCGGUCCGAGACUGCAAAGUAAACCAGGUCCUGGAUAUUUAGGUCCGCCAUCAGGAUCAUCUGGUCCUCAAGGGCCUCAAGGGCCAGGUGGACCAGGAUAUCCUAGAAGACCUGAAGGAUCUAGUGGUCCGGGACCAUCGACGAGACCUCAAGGACCAUCGAUGAGACCUCAAGGACCUAGUGGUCCGGGAUAUCCAGCACCAGGUGGACCAUCUCCAGGAUAUCCAGGACAAACUCAAGGACCCACUGGUCCACAAGGUCCAAACUUCCCGAGUGCACCAGGUCGUCCACAAGGCCCAAAUGGAUAUCCCAGCGGUAGACCAAGUGGUCCAGCAUUCCCAAGUGGGUCUUCCGGGCCAGGAGGUAUCCCUGGAAAACCUGAGACAGGUUCACCGUUCCCACCGCAAGGACCAGCGAAGCCUGAUCGUGAGUACUUGCCGCCGCGGAUUGGAUAAACAUGAAGCUUGUAAUAAUGAAACUUACGGUACCUAACGACAACUUUCGUUAAUGCCGGAUGACGUGUAAA